AUGGCUCGAAAAGCGUUCAUCCUUUGGUUAUGGACUAUCGUUCUCUGCACAAUACCAUUCACUACUGCUUUACCACGGACACACGCUCAUUCUCACUCUCAUUUUCAUAAGAAAGCCAUUGCACCGAUUUGCAAGAAUCCAGUCUCACCUUUUGAUUAUUCCGCCAAGCUACAGCGUGAUGAAGAUGCACCGAUAUGUCCUGUCGCGCCAGGUAUUGACCUUUUCCCGCGAUCACUUGAGUCAAGGGCCGAAGACGACUAUUCGUGCUCUGAGUCCAAGCCAUGUAAGAACGGGGCCUGCUGUCCAAAAGCGACUGGAUACUGUAAUUAUGGCGAGAAAUACUGUGGUACGAACGGUCAAAGCCCUAACGAAGUUUGCUGGUCAAAUUGCCAUGCCAAGGCAGAGUGUGGUAGAGAUUCCGAUCCACCAGGCAAGAAAUGUGCAUUGAAUGUGUGCUGCUCUAAGUUCGGUUUUUGCGGGAUGACAGAUGAGUUCUGCGACAAGGGAACUGAAGAGGAACCUAGCUGUCAAAGCAAUUGUGAUCAACCCGGAUCAGGUAGCUCUGGAGGUGACGUUCAGAAGAGAGUUAUCGGUUACUAUGAAGCAUGGGCACACGACAGAAAAUGCCAGGGGAUGGAUUUCAAUAAUAUCCCAACUGGUGCCCUAACGCAUUUGUACUUCUCUUUCGGUUACAUCUCUCCCGGCGAUUUUGAUCUGGUACCCAUGGACGACCUGGAACCGGAUCUUUUCUCGCAGUUCACAGAAGUGAAGAAAAGUAACCCUGGCCUCAAAACCGUGAUUUCUCUAGGCGGUUGGACCUUCAAUGACAACGGUACCGCGACUCAGCCGGUGUUCAGUGAUAUGGUCAGCACCUCAACGAACCGAGCCAAGUUCAUCAAGAAACUGUUCGCGUUCUUGCGUCAGUAUGCAUUUGAUGGAGUCGAUUUUGAUUGGGAAUAUCCCGGAGCCCCUGACCGCGGCGGCCGACCCGAUGAUGGCAAAAAUUUCGUUACCUUCUUGAAGGAAUUGGACGAGGCCAACAAGGAACAACAGAUGCACUACGUUGUUUCCUUUACGGUCCCAACCAGCUUUUGGUACCUCAGGCAUUUCGAUCUCAAGGCUGUGGACUAUGUAGACUUUAUUAACGUUAUGAGCUACGACUUGCACGGCAUUUGGGACUCUACGAACCCAAUUGGCAACCACAUUUACGGGCAUUCGAACCUGACAGAGAUCAAACUCGCCCUCGACCUCUUCUGGCGCAACGAUAUCAAGCCCGAGAAGCUGAAUCUUGGCCUAGGAUUCUAUGGUCGAAGCUUUCAGUUGUCGAACACUGCAUGUUACCAACCAGGAUGCAAUUUCAAAGGUGGUGCAGCUCCAGGACCAUGCUCUAAGAACUCUGGAACCCUCACUUAUAAGGAGAUCCAAGACAUCAUCAAACAACACAAUAUCAAGCCUUACCAUGACAAAGAAGCUGCCGUCAAGUACAUAACAUGGAAUCAAGAUCAGUGGGUCUCGUAUGAUGAUGAGGAAACAUUCAAAGCCAAGAUCGAUUUCGCCAACAAGCUGGGGGUCGGCGGCUUACUUAUCUGGGCAAUUGAUCAAGACACUGACGAUCUGGAAGCUCUCAACGCAGUGGUCAGCCCCAAAUCAAUCAAAGCUCUGGCUAUGACUGCCGAUGACGCUUCCUACUGGGACGAUGCUACCGUGCCUGAUUGUUACGUAACCGAUUGCGGUGGCACCUGCAAAGCUGGCUUUUUCAAGAUCACUCAACAGCCCUGUGGUGGCGCCAAACCAGUCACAAGGCAUUCUAAGGGAAAAGACAGUCAACUGUGCUGUCCCACCGCGAGUGCACCCGACCCGAAAAAAUGUAAAUGGCGUGGCAACCCCACUUCGUGCAACGGCCAUUGUCAGGACAAUGAGGUAAUGCUCCAAAUGAACAAAUGGGGCGAUGGCCGGUACUGCGAAGAUGGAAACAAAGCGUAUUGUUGCGAGUCACCCGCAGCAAAAGAGAACGAUUGUUACUGGGCUGGCGUUGGCCAGAGUUGCGACAAUGAUGAUACAACCAUGACCUUCUCUGGUACUUUCAUGAGUACAAUCGCUGAUCUUGCCGAUGCGCUAACGCUUUUCGACACACCGUUGGUCAGGUGGCUCGAAAAGCAGGACAUGGAGAUGCAGAAAAGAUACUGCUGCCCGAAAAAGGAUGCAAAGAACUGGGAUAACUGCCGUUGGUACGGUGACCCUGGAUCUUCCGACACAUGUUACGAUAACCACUGUCCUGUCGGAAAGCAAGUGCAGCUUACUGAUAGUCCAUAUGGGGCUGGGCAAUCGUGCUUUCCACGCAUGGAGAGAUCGAGAGUUUACUGCUGCGAUCCUACAGACGGCAAACAACUAUUCUUACCAGUUCCCUUGGACCGGCUUUUCAAGGACCCACCUACAGGCGACGAUGUCCACACCGACUUCAUACUGGAAGUCGACGAUACAUUUGGCGGCCAAGGUGGAAAGACUGAUAGUGAUCCUGGUGAUGCUGCGUUUCAAUUCAUUGUCUUAGCGUCCCCAGAAGAGCUUCAACAGUCUCUUGACAAGCGCGACGGAUCACAUUGGGAGCUCUUCAAUUGCAAAGGAGGUUCCAGUGAGGAGGAGCAAACGAUCCAGAUGUUCUGCACAGAUAAUUCAGAAGACAGCAAUUGUCACAAGAUUGGACUGGGACAUGGCGUACCAGGCACUAUCCUUGAGAUGCCGGCAGGAUGCGGAGCAGGUCGCUACGCAGUUGCGAAGUCCAUGGUGCCAUCAAAGGAGCAAAGCAUACCCCAUCACCUAGUCAAACGGCUAGCAGGGGACGCGAAGCCAAUGGUGUACGACCUCACCUUCGACUAUGAGUUCCGUCGCGUGCCUCGUGACUCUGGCGAGACUCACAUGCGAAUCGACUUCUCGAAUAAGGACAACUACUGGGACAACGUUGUUGCUGCCGCGGCGAGCAAGCGCAAAGCCAAGCGAUCACUCUCAGACGUCGGCGGCAAUCACAAGAGGUGGCUUGAGGAAGAAUGGAGAGACGACUACCAUGGCGGCAUGCUUAGCCACAAUGACCUUCACAAGCGAUGGUUUGGUUCAGAUAUCAUUGCCUGGCUCAAAAAUCUGGUCCAGCCUGAGAUCAAGACUGAGUUUACGCAUAAUGUCAAAGAGCAAUUCAUUGCUAAGAUUAUUGAUGACAAGGUCGAAUGCGGCGACGGCAACACCAAAUUAAACGCACACAUCCUUGUUCAAGCUUUGACGGACGUCAGCGUCUCCACGAGCUUUGGAUUCACACUUAUCACGAAGCUCAACUUUGCCAGCCCAGGAAGCCCGUUGGACUUGAGCCAAUCAUACCUUACUUUCAUGAAUCAAGGUAAGGUAACAGCGACAUUUACACUCGAGGCCCUUAUCCGCGUCAGUGUUGAAUCAGGAGAGAAAACUAUCCUCACACUGCCGUUCCCAGGUGCAUCAUUCCGAGUGCCAGGCAUCGUCACGAUUGGACCGUCCGUGAGGGUCGCUGGCGAGUUCAACGCUGCUUUGACGCUCUCCGCUGAAAUCGAGACAAAGGUAGACCUCGCUGGUUGGGAAGUACGCCAGACAUACCCGGCCGCUGACCAGGACUACGAACCCAAGAUCGUAGAUGACCUCGAUUCUGGAGACUCUGGAAACGAAAACGGCCUCUUGGAGCCUCAAUUCUAUGCUGCAGUCGGGGCCGUAGGCAAGGCUGAAGCCCACCUGAAGGCCAUUGCUGAGUUUGGUAUUCGUUUUGACGAUCGCUGGAAGGUGGGAGCUGCGACGGCUGGUGUUGUCGCGGACGGAUACGUUCGAUUCGAAGUCGGAGUUGGCAAGAGCACAGAUGCAACAUGCCCUUGGACGUAUGGUAUGACUCUUGGUGCGAAGCUAUAUGCGCAGGUCGAUACUCCUUCGCAGUUUGGUUGGGGCAAGAAGACAUGGGAUCUGCCAGGCUCGGGAGAGGUUCCAAUCAUUCCCGGCGGCAAGUGUCCCGAUCUUCGAACUGGCCAGCCUACCAGACGGGAUUUACUUUCGAUUGGUCGCCGCGCCGACACCCUGAAUAACUCAUCUCAUCGAGAGGGUGACAUGGCAUCUACCAGCACGCACACUCUUGGGAGACGAGCAGUUCCGUGGGGUCCACCGUUCCAUAUCGAUCUUCAGAAUCUGCUUUGUCCAACCUCCCCAAAACCCGCUGAAGAUGGCACCACAGAAUGUGCCAAGCUUUCCCAAGUUCCGGGAAGUGGGAAAAGUGAUGUUUCCAAGCGUGCAGCCGGAGAUGUUACAACCUAUCAUCAUUUGGACAAGCGUGCAGCUCCUAAACAGGGCGCGUUUUGCGAAGGAAGGGCCAAGAUGGUGAUCAAGUCCCUGAGUUAUCCCUCCUCUGGAGAACUACAAGCUGCUCUUCCUGGUGCUCUUGCAUAUGGCUAUACGAACCCCAAUCAAUGCACGGACUUUGGCUUCGGACAGAUUCCCUUCCCUGCAGACACGCCUAAAUAUGCAACCGAGCAUAUUCUAGAAUUCCAGUUGAUUACAGACUUCUUCGAAGAUUAUGCGAAACGCAAUCCGACUGUUGAUUGUUACAAUCCUGUCAUCCAGGGAUAUCCGACGUGCAACUGCCUCAAGAGCUUCUGGUACCAGGUUAAGCCACAACAUAAGCCAGUCAUCAACGGGGUUACCAAAGACCCUAUCGAUCACGUCGGCUAUGAGUUCCCUGGUACAGGAAACAAUUAUCUGAACGAGUUCGUGCUCCUCCACGCAGAGGUCAACAGUAUCAAGGAAGGAUAUUGGGGCAAGGACGUGGCGUACAACAGUUAUACUCUGCAGGAUUAUGCAGGGUGGGGCGAUAAUCUCUUCCAAUAUGUGAAGAAUUCAAUCACUGCCAUCAGAUAUCACAACGACCCGACUAUCCUAGGCAACCUUGUCCGACAGAAAAACCGCAUUGGCACCCGGCUGAACCUGCUGGAAAACACAUAUCUCAACACCUACCAGAAAGACAUCCGGGGCCAACAACGAACAUGGAGACCACUCGGCCUGCAAGCCGAAUGGAAUACUUUCGUGCGCGGAAGAGCAGCUACGGCAAUCACCGACGCCUUCAAUCUUGUUGAAGAAUAUCUGUCAGCAUUGGAAGAAGGUUAUGCGACGCAAGCGCAACGUAACAUGGCGAAUCGUGGGGGUGCAGACGCACAAAAUGAGUUGACCUUUAUUGGGAAGAUUGAUGCGUUGAGGACUGAGUGGACUAACAACAGGCCUACAUGGAACAAUCCAUUCCCUUAAGCUGACUACUGUAGCGAACAAUGUCGACUUAUUACCUUCACCAAGUCAGCUCAUGUUACAAAUACGAAUCUUUUCAGACUCGCUCCUCGUCUUCCUUUUCAUGCCAUGAACAUCUCAAAAUGAAAAAAAUGUCCCAAUCAAUAUUUAGAAUGAC